CGGGUGACUGACCAGCGCCCAUAAAAAAGAGUUGACGAGUCCAUGCACUGCCCAUCGCAUGGGCGUCACUUUCCAGCCCUAGGGGGGUCACCCAGUACGGGUACUACCUACAGAACAUAAUUUUAGGCACACUCGGCUACCAGUUCAUGCAGGUGCCGUUGCAAAGGCAGCCAACCCACCAGUCAGAGUUUGCCCCUCCAUAACACAAGUUCGACGACGUAACUUCUAGAGGCUUGACCUCACUUGGCGCUUAACCAACUUGGAUUUAUCCAGCCUUCGCGCUUUUCAACGUACCUAGUAUACUUGAACCUUUCCUCUUGCUGCCUUGGAUGGUCUGUACAAACAGUGAGUGAAAACCAUGGAUCAGAACAAUUUGCGACGGAAGGACACCACGAAGGGGCCUCCACUGCGCGUCCUUUCGCUGGAUGGCGGCGGCGUGCGUGGUUAUUCCAUGCUUGUCAUUCUGCAAGGUCUGAUGCACCGAGUCUAUGUCGAGUCCGAAGGCAAACCUCCUCGCACAGACGAGAUCCCCAAACCAUGCGAUUAUUUCGACCUCAUCAUCGGAACCGGCACGGGUGGGUUGAUCGCCAUCAUGCUGGGAAGGCUGCGCCUGGACCUUGAAACGUGCAAGGAAGUCUACGUCAGGAUGACAAAGAGAGUGUUUGAGACAGACAAGACCAUAGCCGGCAUCCCCUACAAACAUACAUUGUUCAAGGCCUCCAAACUCGAAGAGGCCAUUCGAGAAUGUGUCAGGAACCACACUGUCUACGAGGAUGAGGGGAAUGACGGCACAGCAUCAGGGGGCAUAGAGUUCGGCGACCUCAGCAGCCCAAGUCCCAUCAGCACAACGAGCAAUGCUGCCAUGAGGAGGUCCAUGAGUGUCAAGAGCAAUAGCUCGCUUGGAGUGACCAGUCCAGCGGGCGCAAGGAACUCCCUCAUCUCUCCACAAUUUCCUGGCUGGGGCAAUUCGAACGCGAGCCUGUACGACGGACGUGAGAAUCGGGCGAAAACUGCGGUAACCGCUGUCUACCAGGACACACCCAAGAACGGAUCUUCGAUCUUGCUGCGUUCAUACGAUUCGAGAAGGGAACCACCUCCGGAAUUCAACUGUACGAUUUGGCAAGCCGGGAGAGCCACUUGUGCCACCGGUCUGGCUUUCAAACCUAUCAGAAUCGGCCAAAGUGUCUUCGUGGAUGAAGGCGCUGGCAAUUACAAUCCUGCACCACAAGCUCUUGAAGAAACCCUUAGCGAAUGGCCCGCUCGUGAGAUCGGCGUAUUUGUCAGCGUUGGCACUGGCAAGCGCCCUGAGGGCAGCAAUGUCCCAGAUCAUGAAUGGUGGGAAGAUUUUCUAGGCGGUAGUAUGGGGUUGUUCGCCGAAGCAAGACGACGAUUGAUUGCCAAAAUCGAGGCUUGCGAGGUCACGCAUCAGCAGAUGCUCAAGACUGAGCUGGCCAAACGUGGCGUCCCGAAUGAUGUCUACUACAGGCUCAAUGCCACGAGCGCAGUUGGGUCAGUGGGCAUGAACGAAUGGAAUGCCGUGUCGACGAUCCAAACUAACACCCAGAAAUACCUGAGACAAGAAGACACCCAGAGGUUGCUGGGAGAUGCUGCGAUGAAGAUGGCAAAGAUCGAAAUCAUGAAAAGAAGACACGAGAGAGGAGAGACACACAACAGGGAGCCAAGCUGGUCAUCGAGGCAGAAGAACCUGCCCGCACCACCGAAUCUGGCACCUGUGCACGAUAAUGCAGUCGAACUUCCUGCAGACGAUACGUUUCCACAGACGCCGACUCAGAAUCUCAGAGUACCGGGAAACCCACCAUAUCCCAAUGACAAUUACGCCUCCUCGCAGGACAAGUUCUCCGUGUCAGCAAACGAGUCGACAUCAUCCCGGGUGUCGUCCGAAUUACCCUACCGUGGAAGGGAUGGAAGAGAUGGACGGGAUGGGAGGGACGAAAAGAUCCUGUACCAGCCCACCAAUCCUUCAUACACAUCAAGUCCUUCAGAGCCUCCGCCCCGGCCACCAAAGACACCCAUCAACGAUCCAAGCAUGCCUGUCCGUCAGUCACCCAUCAGAUCCAAUGGAGCUCCCAGACCUCCUUACCCCGACUAUGAUGAUGGUCCACCACCGAUUGUCAGCAAGCUCAGAAAACCAGAAUAUACACCGAGAUGAAAAGGGUUACAGCUUGCUUUCCUGUUUCAAUACAAAAUUGGGCGCUUGUAAUAUUGGCUAGCACUCGACGAUAUGCGAUCUGGACAUGAUGAUAUGAACUUGAUGAGCCUGUUCCCACAAUGCACAGAUACCCCAGAUGAUUUGUACAUGGAGUUAUUGAGCUACUGGGUAAAAAUGAACUUAUGAUAAUGAGGGAGGACUGUUGUCUGCGAGCUGUUGUUAAUCUAAUACGCACAUUAUAUUGAUCCUCUAAUACGUGUUUGUUUACUGCUGUGUUCAAUACUCGACUGGUAUGACUGGAAUAAAGACCAAGUAUACCGAGCGUCAAGCUCCAAGGGAUCUCAACAUAGACGUGGCCAAGAGUGUCAUAAGCGUGAUCAGUCUGGAGUGAUAACUGUACC